CUGCAGAAUAGUUUACGUUCAAAGAUUAUUUUCGCUGAAAGCUCUCGUCAGUGUCAUUUUGACUUUCAAUCGCAAACUAAUUUGUUGUACAGUAAAAUGUCUAUAGUAUGUGAAAAGGUUCCACCAUCGGAUUUAGUGGAGAAAUCCGGAUACCGUGGUGUUAAGGACUUUGUUCUGGUGAACAGAACGGAGAGACCUAAAGAUAUCAAAGUGGCGGAAAUGUGGUGCAUGGAACCUUGCUACAUGCCAACGUUCUAUGAGGACAUUGCCCAGAGAAUUGAAGAUUUUGAAGUACGUCCGGAUGAUGUUUGGGUAGUGACUUUUGCUAAAUGCGGCACAACCUGGACUCAGGAGAUGGUGUGGCAGAUCUGCAAUGGAUUGGAUUUUGAAACGCCCAAAAAACUCAUUCUUCAGCAUAGAUUCCCUUUCAUUGAGUUCCAGUCUCUCCUGGCCAAGGAACUCAAUUUACCGGAUGAAAUAGCUCGAACUGAGUCAAUGCCAUCACCUCGGUUCAUCAAAAGCCACCUCCCAGCACAUCUUUUGCCCAGGAAAAUCUGGACUGUGCGCCCUAAGAUCAUUUAUGUGGCCAGAAAUACCAAAGAUGCCGCAAUUUCCUUCUACCAUCACUACAGAAAUCUUCACCACUAUUCAGGAAAUUUUGAAGGAUUCAUGGAUGCCUUCCUCAAGGAUUCUAUCCUAUAUUCACCUUUUCACUCUCACAUAAUUGAUUUCUGGCGCAUGAGAAAUGAGGAAAACAUCCUUUUCCUCACAUUCGAAGACAUGAAGAGAGAUCAUCCCAGUGUAAUCAAAAAGACUGCAAAAUUCCUGGGGAAAUCCUUAAGCGAAAAUCAAAUUCUUGAACUUGCUGACUAUCUCUCCUUUGCAAAAUUCUCAAAGAACCCUUCUGUAAAUAUGGAAGGAAUCUUGAAGAAUUUUGAAAAGACAAUUGGCUCCAAAAGACCAGAUAAUGACUACAAUUUCGUGAGAAAAGGCGUAGUGGGUGGAUUUAAGGAAGAAAUGACUCCUGAACUUAUUGAUAGAUUCAACAAGUGGACUGAGAGUGAGGUCAAAAAGUGGAAUUGUGAUCCUGAACUCAAACAAAUCUUCACAAUUUCCAAUAAAAUUAAUGGUUGAGAGCUCUUUUCCCAUCAGUAGAGUCAUCGUGAUUAAGUGAUAUUAGCAAAGUGAAAAUUGAUAAGAGUAAUUUAUUGAAUUUGCAAUAUGCAGACUCAUAAUGGGGUAAUUAUCUGAAAAUAUUCUAGACACUAUCGCGUUGGUUUUCCGCAAUUAUCACCCAAUUUUGCUGACUAAACCUCUCUACAUACUUCUUCUUGUUUGCAUAAGAAUCGAAAUAAUUAUUAUGGGUGGAUUUAAAUAGAAUUUAUUUGGUUUUCUGUGAGGUUUAGUAGCAUUUUCGCUGAGAAAAUAAUCCAGAUGAGAACAUUUCAUCUGUUGGAUUAAGUUUUCUGCGGUGCAAAAGUCUUUUAGGAUAAGGAAGGGUAAGACAGUUCACUCAUAAAUGAUUUUAGAAAAUGUACAUUUUUAAGAAAAAUAUACAGGAAUUGUGCAACAUAUUUUUAUUAAAACAAUUAUCUAAAAGAAAAACAUCUAGAUUUAUUUAGUUUAAAUAUUGUUAAUAUUCAUUUCUCAAAUAAAUCUUGAAAAAAAAAUUGAAGUGUACCAAACUGCACCACUCUGAAGUUAAAGUCCUUUUGUUUACUGGCUGAGACAUGAAUAAUUGUUUAACAUCCUACUUAGCAAUAAAGUUUCAUAGAAUAAAACUGUUAAAUAGAAAUUAAUAAAGAAAUAAAUCAAGUUUGAUCAGUAAAAAAUUAAGAAUUCAGAACAUAAAUACAAACAAUAGAAUAAUAAAUAAAAUUUGUAGAAAAAAUCAAAAGUAUUAGAAAAACAAAGAUAAUUCAAUUUUCCCUUUUAA